GAAACAAAAUGCCUGAACCCGCAAAGUCAGCGCCCAAGAAGGGCUCUAAGAAAGCCGUGACCAAGACCGCCGGCAAGGGCGGCAAGAAGAAGCGAAAGACCAGGAAGGAGAGCUACGCCAUCUACGUGUACAAGGUGCUGAAGCAGGUCCACCCCGACACCGGGAUCUCCUCCAAGGCCAUGAGCAUCAUGAACUCGUUUGUCAACGACAUCUUCGAGCGCAUCGCUGCCGAGGCCUCUCGCCUGGCCCACUACAACAAACGCUCCACCAUCACGUCCAGGGAGAUCCAGACCGCAGUGCGCCUGCUGCUCCCCGGUGAGCUGGCCAAGCACGCAGUGUCUGAGGGCACCAAGGCCGUCACCAAGUACACCAGCUCCAAGUAAACUGAUCUGCUGUCAGUCAACCCAACGGCUCUUUUCAGAGCCACCCACUUUGAACUAAAGAGCAUACGUCCUACCGUCAAACGUGCUAGUUACUAUGUUGCCAACUACUGGAAUCGCGGAUAUGGUUCUUUGUCACUAGGUGCUAUUGAUCCGCUACAUUGACCCAGACUCAGGAAAUGUCUUCUUGUUUUUGUUGUGAAACGAUGACAAAGUAACUACAAAUACAACAUUAAUGCGACUUUAUAUUUGACAGUCUUUCAGUGCAUUUCAAUGGCUCCCCUGUGGGCGGCGCCUCCGCUGCAUUUCCUGCAGGACUGAGAGGAGGGAGAGCCAGCUUUGUCCCCAAAGCCACUCUGCUUUUUAACUCCAGCCCUUAAGACCAUUUCCCACACCUGUAAACAAACUACUCUAUGCUCUUUUUGUACAGCUGACACUUUAUUCACUUUUAGUCACUUA